AUGUCAAUGUUCACAAUUAUUAUUAUAAUAGUACGAGCAAAUCUUGUUAUAUCGCGAACGGACUGUGACUUGCCGAGUCAAGUAAAGACGUUAGUCCCAAGUGCUUUUUCCUUGCAAAUCCGACAAUUUCAAACGACAUCGGAAGAGACGCCUGUGGUCUCUGCCGGAAGCAAUCUGAAUGUCUUCGAUGCCAACGUCCCUAGUAACCCUCUUAAUGUACAAGAAGAAAAUUUCCGGGCAAUCUCAACAUUUCAUCCGAUUGGGAAAACGAAUGAUGGUGAAAAAACGAGGAACGAUCGAAACGAAGGAAACAGCGAAUUACAUUCAUUUGAGAAAAAUUCCCAAGAUGACAUUAAAAGUGACUUAGAAGAUGAUAAAAUUUACAAAGCCUCACUAAAUUUGGCUUGGGAUAAUUGUUUUGAAAAUACAAGUAAAGAUACGAAAAGAAAUAAUAAAGAUAUUUCAACUAUUGAUACGAUAUCUUAUAAGGAUAUGGAUACUGCCAAAAAUAUUGAAAUCGAAGAUAUUAAAGAUUAUAGUAAUGUAUUGUAUAAAAGAAACUCUUUAAGUCCUAAUAAUACGUCCACACUGGGUGCAUGGUUAGAUAAGUAUAAUAUCUUUAGAAGUACAAAAAAUGAAGACCCAGUAUUUCCAACAAAAAAUACGUUUUCACCACAGUCGUCGUUGGAACAAGAUGCGUCGUUAUCUACAAAAAAAUUGAUUUCAUUUGUACCCAUAACAAAAAACAUAUUAAAAGAAUUUACCAAACCGAUUAACAUCAGCUUAGAUAUUGUAACAGAAAAUAAUAUUAAUUACAUCAAAGAAACAAAGAAGAACGAUUUUUAUAUAGAAAUCGCAAAAGACAGGAGUAACAUAAAGUUCAAUAGUUUACCUCAAAAACAAACGUAUUUAAUACCAAAAUUCAAGUUAGAAGAAGGGUUUUAUCCUUUCACAUUUAUAUCUAAGUUCUUUUCAGUGAUAUAUUUGUUCGACUACCCAAUUGGUCUCGUCAAGGAUAUUGUAGUUGGAAAAUCUCCGUUUCCUUAUUCAUUUUUAAAGUCAAUUAGGGUGGAGUCAACUUUUUUGGUCUUCAUCAUAAUAUUCGGUUUAUUUGCUCUGAUAAUUCCCUUGUAUCUCUUCAUAUUAAGUUUAAUAUCGCUAUUCUCAAAAUCGAAAUGCACGGACGAAAUCGAAUCUGGGACUCUAUUCCUCGAGCCAGAGAGAGGAGAAUGCCAUAGCAAAAUAUUGGUAAUUUUUACAUUCCUGUUCCUUCUCGUAUGUUGUUUCCUUAUAUCGGGCAUGAUUUUAAGUAAUGAACAGUCUCGUAUGGCUGUAGUUGAGAGCCGCAACAUCAUAAAUUGCGCCUGCGCAGAUAUAGCGUCUUGGCUUUCGAUAGCUGCAACGGAGCUACAUCACAGCCUGGUUCCACCUGUUGACAUGGUGUAUUAUGCUUAUAAAGAGGAUUUAAGAGAUGCAGAAACACUUCUUGGGCAACCAAUACAGCAAGCAAUAGCUUCGGAAAGCGGCAUUGACCUAGUUCUUGAUUCUUUGGCAGAUAUUAUAACAGAAAGCGAGGAUUUAUCCACAAAAGUGUCGUCGUUGCGCGAUAUCUGUCACAAGGCUGGUCUUCUAGCAAUCGCAGCGACAGACAAAAUUAGAGAUUUAGCACAACAGUUGGAUAAUUUGAAGAAAAAUUGUAUCGAAAAGGACGCUCCUCUAUGUGAUACUCUAAAUACGAACUCCUUGCACAUUAUGAUGAAAUUUGACUCCAUACUUCAAGAGCAUCAGCUCCUAGAGUUAAAAGAUUUAUGUGUCAUAAAUCUAACUCAGGCCAUAUCUACAGCGAGAAAAGAGUUCCGUACUCUACCUACUGCUAUUUACAUGCAAACGGAAAUUGUCAGAGCUGAUAUUCUUCAUGAUAUAGAAAAUCGUAGACAAAUUGUUCAUAAUUCGGCACGAGUUUUGAGCGAUAUAGUACGUCAUCUAACCUCAGCGCUGCACAGUCUUGCGAGAAAGUUUGACGUAGGAUUAGAUCGAGUCCAUAAAUAUGAGCUAUGGAGAUGGGUAACUUUAUUAGUGUGCAAUGUAUGUCUUGGUUUAGUGAUGAUACUGGUAUUAUUUGCAAUGUUUUGUGGAUGUGGAAAUGCAAAGAUCCAUGCAAAAAGAACAUUACAAGUGUCUUCAUUCUGCAUUUGCAUCUUUUCAAUCAUCUUGUGGAGUUUGAUAUCUGCUAUAUUUCUGAUCGCGGGACAUGCUGAGGUAUACGCAUGUCAAAUUCUAUGGGAUUCCCAACAAUACAACACUUUGUCAAAGCUUUUAGACAGACCAUCGCCUUUUUUUUCAAAUAACGAAGGCGUUUUCGAUGUUCUCUUCGAAGACUUAAACAAUAUAACCAUCGAAGUGUCUGUCAAAGAUGUUUUAAGAGAAUGUGAAAAAAACGAGCCGGCUUACACAGUGUUUCAAUUAGAUACAUUGUUUGAUGUGAAUAAGGAGACGUCGUACUUCGAAUGGGAUGAGCUACAAGAUGAUUUGAAGAGAUUAUCAACGACUAUCGAUGUUGGCUUUCUCAAGACAAUUUCGGACAAUUUCAAUAAAUUGCUGAAUCGAAUUCUCCUUAUCUCUGAUGUCAACUUGACAAAAUAUAGAUUGGAAUUUAAUGGACCAAUAGUGGGUAAGGAUUUGCCAUCCUUCGUAGAUCAACUAGAAAAUGUUGCUGCGCAAGUAGCAGAUUUAAAUACAGCAGGACGGUUAGAAACGUUAGCAACAAGGAUACAAAGAUUUCAUCUAUCAAGCAUAAAGCCGUUAGAGCAGAUGAGAACCGAAUUGGUCUUCAAACUGACGGAACUCGAGCUGCAGAUGAUGCCGUUCAGACGGAAAUUGAAUAUUUCUCUCAGUCAUAUCCAUACAGCUCAAUUUUACAUAGAUAACCAAGGAGACGUCAUCGCUCAGAAGAAAUUAUCAAUAUUCAUAUCGCGGUUAAUAGCACAUACAUCUGGCUGGCGUACGCACGCUUUGACCGCAGUGAACGAAGAAGCGGCCCGCUGCGGACCUCUUUUUGCUGUGUUUGCGGCACUUCGGACAUUAUUAUGCACGAAAUACGUUUCAGCUUUGCACGGCUGGUGGGUCUGCGGAUUCUUCCUAGGGUUCAUCUGGUUUACAAUUUUCACUCCGCUGUGUGUCAAAUUGUGGAGAACUUACAGUAAAAAGUUGAAGACGCUGGAAACGUUAGCGCUGGAAAACUUGGUGCAGGAACCGGGAACGCCUGCAACAGCGCCUUGUGACGACACCAACUGGAACACCCCGGGGCCUCCACCGCCACCUAGAAACGACAGCUGGUGAUCAUACAUUUACUUAUAUGGAAAGUGGAUCAGAUUUGAAUUUUAAUAAAUUCGUUACGAUGAA